AUCACUUUCGUUUUUUUUUCAUUUUUAAUGCGUUCAAUCUUCUAACGGCUGUUACCGAUUAUAAAAUUAACUGAACGUGUGUGCUUCGAAGAGACAUGGGCACUGCAGAUACCGUACCAGUUGUCAAAAAAUUAUUAGUAAAUGAAAAUAAUGACAUUAGCGAAGAUUAUGGGCCGAAUUUAAAAUUAUUACCUUGUAACAAUCAAGUUAAAGAAUUACAAACGAUUUUACGCGACAAGAAUACCACGAGGAGCGAUUUCAAGUUCUACGCCGAUCGUUUGAUUAGACUCGUUAUAGAAGAAAGUUUAAAUCAAUUGCCUUUUUCUAAACGUGUGGUCAUAACGCCGACCGGAUCAGAAUACAAUGGUUUAAAAUAUCAAAAAGGUAAUUGUGGUGUUUCUAUCAUAAGAAGUGGAGAAGCAAUGGAACAAGGCUUAAGAGACUGUUGUCGUAGUAUAAGAAUUGGUAAGAUAUUAGUAGAAAGUGACGCCGAUACGCACGAAGCUAGGGUUGUUUAUGCCAAAUUCCCAGAUGACAUAGCAGAAAGGAAAGUCUUAUUAAUGUACCCUAUAAUGGGUACGGGAAAUACUGUGAUAAAGGCCAUAGCCGUCUUAAAGGAACAUAAUGUAUUAGAAGAAAAUAUCAUCUUGUCAAAUUUAUUUUGUACUCCAGUUGCAGCCAAAACUCUGGUCACUGUCUUUCCUAAGAUGAAGAUCCUGACCUCAGAGAUUCAUUGUAUUGCACCAAAUCACUUUGGACAAAAAUACUUUGGAACAAUUUAUUACAACAUAGGGGAGACGGGUGUACAGUGGGAACAUUUUUGAAGAAAAUCUAAUAGAGAAAUUCUAUCAUAUGUCCUACAAAUUUCAAAGAGAUGACUUAUACAUCAAUAAAUAAAUUCAAAGAGCUAAUAAUAAUAAGCAAAGCUAUAGUAAGUAAAAUAUACUUUUAUUUUUUUGGCUGUGUAGAGUAUAUACAUAUGUGCCUUGGUGAUCAUUAUUGUUUAAGGAAUAGUUUAUAAUGUACAGAAUUUAAAGUUUCUUUUAAAUCAGCUAUUUAAUAAAUAAAUUCAUUAUUUUAUAAUA